AUCCGCGAAGCGUCACCACCUCUUAAACCCUACUCCUUCGCAGGACAAGUCGCCACUCAUGGUUGCCUAUCAUGGCUGCAAUCACGCGAGCCGUAGGCCAAUCAGGUCGUCGUUAUCUCGUUGAAAGAGUGCUACAGGAGAAACCAGGACCGCUUGGACAAGUGUAUCUCGCUUCAGCUGGCAACCAGCAAUACAUCUUGAAGAGUGUGCCAAAGAACGACUUCAAAUAUUUUCAAGACAUGUUCAGCGAUCUUAGAAGGUCCCCCUACAUCCGCGUGGCCGAUGAUGCAAUUCCCGACCAAUCCAUAUUUGCCUACAAAUACUUCAAGGACCAUCUACUUUCUUUCGCUCAGAAAGACACGCCACUUCCUCUAAUAAAGGGAAUAUUGAGGGACUCUCUCCGAGGCAUUACGGCAUUACACGAGAAAGGCAUCGUGUAUACGGAUAUCAAGGCAAAUAACAUUCUGGUGAAUUGGGACGAGACAGACGGUAAUACCACCAUUCAGCGGGUCCAGAUUGCCGACAUCGAAGAUUCUGACCCCGAGGCUCAUGCAUCUGGUCAUGUUCACAAGCCGUCAGAUAUCUUCUCCUUUAGGAUCGUCUGCAUCUAUGCUGUAACCAAACGGGUCAUUUUCGCCGUCGCCGACGAGGAACUCGAGGAAGGCGAGGACAAGCUAGCCAUCCAUCUAGGAGACAGCCCUUGGACCCAAAUAUUCACCGUGAUUGCAGAGGGCUUUAAUAAAGAGCAUCCUCGGGAGCCGUUCGCGCUGAAAGAUAUUGAGUCAGAAUUCAAGGACCUAGUCGGAAAGAUGACGAAUAUUGACCCGGAGGGGCGAAUCACAGCGCACGAAGCUUUGUUACAUCGAUGGUUUGCCGAUGCAGUGUGA